AUGGAAAGAGGAUGGAAGCCAAAUGUUGAAGUUUGUCCCCCGUGUCCUCGAUGCGGUUCAUCGAAUACCAAGUUUUGUUACUACAAUAAUUAUAGCUUGACUCAACCUAGGUACUUUUGUAAAGGUUGUAGAAGGUAUUGGACUAAAGGUGGCUCACUAAGAAACAUUCCUGUUGGUGGUGGUUGUCGAAAAACAAGACGAGCUAAGUCUGUUCGUUUAUCUGAUACUAUCAACUCUCAACAAUUCCUUUCACGUGGAACAACCGGUUUUGGUGGUCAUGAGAAUAUCGAAAAUCAUAAUGGUGGCGGUACUGGUGGAUCUAUGAUCAUGCAGCCUACAAAUAUUGAUAUACAACAAGUGUAUACCAAUUUUUUAAAUCAAAGGCCACAAAAUACAAAUCAAGAACAAAUUAUGCAUGAUCAAGUUAUGAAUAAUGAACUUGAUCCAAUAUCUUCAUUUGGGUUUCCAAGCAUUCCAAAUAUGGAAAUGGAUUAUGGGCCGAAUUUGGAUAGUUUUUUAAGCGAAGGGAAUAAUGGAACUCAUUUUUGUGGGUAUAAUUCAAUUUUUAAUAAUCAUGAAGAAGAUCAAGAGAUUCAAGACAAACAUUAUUUCGGUACGAAUGUUAUAAAUAGUUGCGGCUUGCCUCCAUUGCCUGGGGAGGAGAUGGGUUGGUCGGAAUCGAAUAUUGAGUUUCCUGAUAAUGCUUUAAAUCCAAGGAUUGAACCAGAUGUUCAUGUUUCUGGUGAUUGUUCAGUGAACUUGUUUGAUAUGCCCGUGAAUUCAGAUACAAUUUUCAGACCUUGA